AUGGUUGGAUUUGGGAGCCUCUUGGCCGGGGCUUGGCUGGUGCCGGCUGUUUAUGACGCCGGCUCCACGACUUUUGCGCCCAGCUCGAGCUCGGUCCCGUCCGUGUACCACCAAUUUACAAUUCCCGCCGCCGCCGACGAGGGCGCGAACUUAAUCGCCAACAUCGAUGACCCCGAGGCCGUUGAUGCGCAAAAGGCUUGUCCCGGAUACAAGGCUGCGAAUGUCAAGAAGUCGCAGAAUGGGAUAUCGGCGACGCUGACUUUGGCUGGCAAGGCCUGCAAUGCCUACGGAACGGAUGUGGAUUCGCUGGACUUCUCUUUAGAGUAUUUGGCAAAGGACCGCUUGAACAUUCAGAUCACGCCGAGCCAUGUGGACUCUUCCAAUGCGUCUUGGUACCAUCUCUCUGAGGAUACCGUGCCGCGGGCCAAGAGUGAUAACAAGCAUGGAUCUCACACCAAUGGGGAUCUGGAGUUCAAGUGGUCUAAUGACCCUUCGUUCAGCUUCAAGGUGAUUCGCAAGGCGACGGGUGAUGUACUCUUUGACACGACUGGAUCUGCUCUGGUCUUUGAGAACCAGUUCAUCGAGUUUGUCACCGCUUUGCCCGAAAACUACAAUAUUUAUGGUCUGGGAGAGCAUAUUCAGCAGUUGCAUCUGCUGGACAAUGCCACCUUGACCAUAUACUCCUCGGACAUUGGUGACCCCAUUGACGGCAACAUAUAUGGCAACCACCCAUUCUACCUCGAAACUCGCUACUUCGAGGCCUCCGAGCACGGCUCCAAGAAGCCAGUCUCGAGCGAUCAGAUCGACAGCUCCAAGGACUACGUCUCCUACUCCCACGGUGUCUUCCUCCGGAAUGCCCACGGACAGGAGAUCAUCACCGCUCCCACCAAGCUCACCUGGCGCACUCUGGGCGGUAGCAUCGACUUGACCUUCUACUCGGGUCCUACUCAGGUCGAUGUCACCAAGAACUACCAGAUCAGCACCAUUGGACUGCCUGCGAUGCAGCAGUACUUUACCUUUGGCUACCAUCAAUGUCGCUGGGGAUACAACAACUGGACGGAGAUGCAGGAGAUUGUGGACAAUUUUGAGAAGUUUGAGAUUCCUCUAGAGAACGUCUGGAAUGACAUUGACUACAUGCGCGGAUACCGUGACUUUGACAAUGACCCCAACCGCUUCCCCUACGAUCAGGCCGAGAAGUUCUUGGACAAGCUCCACCAGAGCGGUCGUCACUACAUCCCGAUUGUCGACUCUGCUCUUUACAUUCCCAAUCCGCACAACAAAUCUGACGCCUAUGCAACCUACACACGCGGUGCCAAGGACGAUGUCUUCCUCAAGAAUCCCGAUGGAAGCACCUACAUCGGCGCCGUCUGGCCCGGCUAUACCGUCUUCACUGACUGGCACCACCCCAAGGCCGGCAAGUUCUGGUCCAACGAGCUUGUCACCUGGUACAAGAAGGUCGCCUUUGAUGGUAUCUGGAUCGACAUGAACGAGGUCUCCUCCUUCUGCGUUGGUAGCUGCGGAUCUAAGAACCUCAGCCUCAACCCGGUGCACCCCGGUUUCUCCCUCCCCGGCGAGCCAGGCAACAUCAUCUAUGAAUACCCCGAGGGCUUCAACAUCACCAACGCAACUGAAGCCGCCUCCGCCUCCGCCGCCUCCUCCAGCCAAGCCGCCGCUGCCGCCACGGGCGAUUCCUCUGGAUCUUCCACCGUCGCAUACCUGCGCACCACGCCCACCCCCGGCGUCCGCGACGUCAACUACCCUCCCUAUGUGAUCAACCAUGACCAAGCGGGUCACGACCUCGCGGUACACGCCGUCUCGCCGAAUGCAACCCACGUCGACGGGGUCCAAGAAUACGACGUCCACAACUUGUACGGCCACCAAAUCCUCAACGCAACCUACCACGGCCUGCUAGACGUCGCCCCUUCCAAGCGCCCCUUCAUCAUCGGCCGUUCCACCUUCGCCGGCUCCGGGAAAUGGGCCGGCCACUGGGGCGGCGACAACUACUCCAAAUGGGCCUACAUGUUCUUUUCAAUCCCACAAGCCCUUUCCUUCUCCCUCUACGGUGUCCCAAUGUUCGGUGUCGACACCUGCGGCUUCAACGACAACUCUGACGAAGAGCUCUGUAACCGCUGGAUGCAACUAUCCGCUUUCUUCCCCUUCUACCGAAACCACAACACCCUCUCGGCAAUCAGCCAAGAGCCGUACGUCUGGGAAUCCGUCGCCGAAGCUUCACGCUCAGCAAUGAAAAUCCGCUAUGCCAUCCUGCCCUACUUCUACACCCUCUUUCACUUCGCCCACACAACCGGCUCAACCGUCAUGCGCGCACUGGCCUGGGAGUUCCCCAACGAGCCCGAACUCGCACGCAUCGACACCCAGUUUCUCCUCGGCCCAUCAUUGAUGGUCGUCCCCGCCCUGGCGCCGCAGGUGGACACCGUCCACGGCGUCUUCCCAGGUCUGAAAAACGGCGCCAUUUGGUACGACUGGUACAACGGGUCCGUGGUCACCGCGCAACCAGGCGUAAACACCAGCAUCCCCGCACCGCUGGGCCACAUCCCGGUGUUUGUCCGCGGCGGCAGCGUGCUGCCCAUGCAAAACCCCGCCCUGACAACCCGUGACUCGCGAAACACCCCCUGGUCCCUCCUGACAGCGCUGGACGCGCAUGGCGCCGCGAGCGGCGACCUCUACCUCGACGACGGAGUGAGUCUCGUGCAGAAUGCGACGCUCAGCGUGAAGUUCAAGGCGGCGGAGUCGAGUCUUUCGGCUAUUCCGCAGGGUAAUUGGGUUGAGAAGCAGCCGCUUGAGAAGGUUACAGUUCUUGGUGUCAAGCAGAGUCCCGGAAAGGUUACGCUUAAUGGGAGGUCUGUUCCGGAUUCUGGGGUGCAUUAUAAUGCGACCAGCCAGACGUUGCUUUUUGAUGGGUUGAAGGAUGUUACGGGUGAUGGGGCUUGGAGUGGGAAGUGGAUUUUGAAGUGGUAA